AUGGGUUAUGGCAUGAGUAGGCUACAUGAGGGAUACAGUGAGCCUGAAGGGCUGAAUAGUGAUGGAUCUAGUUCAGUCGAAGUGAAUAAUGAUUUCUCAAAGUUACACAAUGAUAUUUUCCAUAUGACUCGACUAAGAUCAGGACCUAGUGAAAGCAUCCGCAAGUCCAUGGAUAGAGUCUCAGUGACUAGGUUGUUACGUGGAAGGGAAGUUAAUUCUUCAGGAAAUGGAAAGUUCUCUCCGGUUGAUCGUGCAUUCGUUCUUGGUCAUUAUCUUCCAGUGGAUGGUCCUGAAACGGUGGAUACAAUGGAUUCACGAGCUUAUGUUUCACAGUUUUCUGCCGAUGGUUCUCUUUUUGUUGCUGGUUUUCAGGGAAGCCACAUAAGAAUAUAUGAUGUCGAUAAAGGUUGGGAAAUACACAAGGACAUUCAUGCUAGAAGUUUGAGAUGGACAAUUAGUGAUGCAGCGUUAUCACCUGAUCAAAGGUUCCUUGUCUACUCUAGUCUGGCACCCAUUAUCCAUAUUGUCAAUGUUGGUACUGCUUCAAGAGAAUCAUAUGCUAAUGUCACUGACAUCCAUGAUGGAUUAGAUUUUUCAGAGCAUGAAGAUGUUAGAUAUUCAUUUGGACUCUUUUCUGUUAAAUUUUCCACUGAUGGGCGGGAGCUUGUUGCUGGCAGUAAUGAUGAUUCAAUAUAUGUCUAUGACCUUCAGGCCAACAAAGUGACAUUGCGUUUGCCUGCCCAUACAUCUGAUGUCAACACAGUAGCAUUUGCUGAUGAAUCUGGUAACCUACUUUAUUCUGGAAGCGAUGAUAACUUGUGCAAGGUCUGGGACAGACGUUGUUUGUCCACAGGGGAAGCGGCUGGGGUUUUGACUGGACAUCUGCAUGGCAUUACUCAUAUUGACAGCCGUGGAGAUGGUCGAUGUUUCAUAUCAAAUGGAAAAGAUCAAGCUAUUAAGAUGUGGGACAUCCGGAAAAUGACAUCCAAUGCUGAUGGUUCCGAAAACAGAGUCCCUGCCUGGGACUACAGAUAUUCAAGAUAUCCACAACAGUACAAGCAACAAAAGCAUCCACAUGACCAGUCAGUAGCUACAUACCGGGGCCAUUCAGUUCUCCGUACAUUGAUUCGUUGCUAUUUUUCUCCCACAUAUAGCACAGGACAGAAGUACAUAUAUACAGGAUCUUAUGAUGCUAGUGUCUGCAUCUAUGAUGUGGUAAGUGGGUCGCAAGUUGCCAAACUGCAAGGACAUCAUCAUUUGGCAGUUCGAGACUGCAGCUGGCAUCCGUCCGAUCCAAUGCUUGUCAGUUCAUCAUGGGACGGCCAGGUUGCCAGAUGGUCCAGGACUCGCUCCAAGCAAGAUACUUGUGAACUCGAUUAA